CAAAACUGGUUUUCAGUUGGAAAACGAGAGUCGCGAACCGAACAUCACACGACAUGUAGAGUUGUUAUAAUACACGUUUGAACACGUUUCGCACUGAAUGGAAAUGAAAAAAAGAUUGUUAUUAAUUAAGUUCCUAGAAUAAAAAAACCGGUAAAAAAAUAAAAGUAAAUUUCGGUGGAUGCGGCGGGGUUUAAUAAAUAUAAAUUAGUGUAACUAAAAUAAUGACCUUAAUAUAAGUUGUGGUUUGUUUUCAUUGGGGAGAUCUAAGAUGGAAUGGAUAGGUGCGUUUGAUAAAAGACCGUUGGAUAGGAACGUAAAAGACGUCGAAUUGAUCGUCGGAAGAUUGAAACGUAUCGACCACUUUAACAGACUGCCAAAUUCCGUGUUAAAUCAAAUCGCUUUGUGCGCUUAUUACGAAGAUAUCGAGAAAGGUGUAACACUUUUUCGUCAAGGGGAUAGCGGAAAAUGUUGGUAUGCUGUUAUGACCGGCACCUUGGAUGUCCAAAUACAACCAAUAGAAGCAGAUACUAAG